AUGACACAAGAUGAGAAGCCGCCCAACGGGACUCACAAACGCCUCGAGGAACACAACACCAACGACCUCCGGGACGAGCGGAGUGCGAACGAGUACAGCAAACAGGCGGAGAGACUCGGCCAGUUGACAUCGGAUCAAGAGGAUCAUUCCACCGGCUCGACACAGGCGGCAGAGGCCACGUUCGUGACACCGUUUGACCCGGUCAUUGAGACGGCAGAUGGGUCGCGACUGCCCGCGAUCCCCGUCGACGAGGCGGCGGAGCUCAACAGACUGGAGGACCUGGCCGAGGGCAGCGAACCACGAUCUCCACCACUGAGCGCCGUAAGAUCUGGCAAAGAUGGGACUGUACAUGGUAGAUUCAAGGCCGGACCCGACAACGAAGGAUCUGUACGGCAGAGCGACGAGACGGAUGCGCCCUUGCGCGGAGCAAUCCCGCCCUCGCGAACGAACCCGUUGUUCCCGCCGCUACCCAUGUACGGACCUCCAUCGUGGAUGAGGACGAUACAGUGCUGGUUCUUUCGCGCAACCUCUGCGGUUUUGUCCUUCUACUUCUUGCUGGCGAUCGUGAUUGGGGCAAUAGUGGAUUCGGUCCCGCGCAUCGUACGCAACUGUCGUCAAAGAGCUGUGCUUAAGAAUCCGGCCAAGUCGCGGCCGUUCUAUCAAGAAGAGGUGAAGAGAAAGGAAGAGAGACGGGCGGCAGAGAAGGCCUGGGUGAGAGAACAGAAAGGCAAAGGUACGCGGACACCAUCUGGCGAGAAGGGCGAUGAGACGAACGAUCUGCCGCCUCAAGAUGGCGAGUUUGUGCCUACCGAGGGCGGGCCUGAUCCACUCGUCGUUGACGUCGCAUACUAUGCGCGAAGAGUUGGAUUAGAUGCGGAGGUCUUCGAGGUACAGACCGAAGAUGGCUUCAUUAUCGAACUAUGGCACCUCUUCAAUCCGCGCGACUACAAGACUCCUCCCCCAGAGCACCAUCAAUACCAGCCUCCAAACUUGUUUCGAACAACUCCAGAAAACCCCGAAUUUGGAGAAGCACAGCCCUAUCCAGAGGGCAGGAAGAAGUACCCAGUUCUGAUGAUGCAUGGUCUUCUGCAAUCAGCAGGAGCCUACUGCUGCAACGACGAUGACUCUCUGGCAUUCUAUCUCGCCAAGUCCGGCUUCGAUGUCUGGCUCGGCAACAACAGAUGUGGUUUCGAACCAAAACAUACCACGCUCAAGUACGACGACCCACGGAUGUGGGCUUGGAACAUCAGGCAGAUGGGAGUUAUGGAUUUGCCUGCACUCAUCAGCAGAGUACUGGCAGAGACCGGCUUCCCGAAGCUCGCGCUCAUCGCACAUAGUCAAGGCACAACACAGACCUUCGUCGCUCUAGCGAAAGAGCAACGUCCAGACAUUGGCGAAAAGAUCUCCGUCUUCUGCGCCCUGGCUCCAGCAGCCUAUGCUGGCCCGCUCAUCGGCAAGAUCUACUUCAAAGUCAUGCAGAUUGUCGGUCCAGCCAUGUUCAGGAUGAUUUUCGGCAUCCACUCCUUCAUACCGCUCAUGCUCAUGGCUCACAAAAUCCUUCCCCCGGUACCGUACAGCUGGAUGGGCUAUCACGUCUUCUCAUUCCUCUUCAGUUGGUCAGACAGUCGAUGGGAUCGAGACUUACGAAAUCGCAUGUUCCAAUUCGCACCCACAUAUGUCAGCUCUGAAAGUAUGAGAUGGUGGCUUGGGCGGGAAUGUUUCGCGAAUCAAAAGUGCAUUCUCGCCACGCGGGAAGAAGGCAAGCUCGAAGAUAAAGAGGACGAGGAAGACGACGCAGUCAUUCAAGAGUACUAUGCCGAGCGCGAGAAGCGUGAUAAGGGGAUCACACCGCGGGGGAGACUGACCCGUAACCUGACCAGUUUCCACUGCCAAACUCUCACCCACCAACACCAUGACAACCAACGCGGCAAAUUCGCCUGGUACGACAAACGCUUCCCGCCCCUCGCACUCUGGGUCUGCGGCGCCGACGACCUCGUCGAUGGACGUCGGUUGCUCCGCCGCUUUGAUCGAGGCCGCGAGCCAGAUGUCCGCGUCGUGCAUGAGAAAAUCAUCGAAGGCUACGAACACCUCGACGUCAUCUGGGCCAUGGACGCGAUCGAGAAGGUCGGGAAGGAAGUAAGAGAAGUUAUCUGGCGCACUGCAGACCCCGCUACGCAGAAGAAGUAUAGAGUCCCCGUGGGAUGCGAUCGACCCAUGGAGCAGGAGCCUAGCUCCAAUGAUGUGCCGAUGACGCGGUCUGGGGGGAGGUCGAGGAUGGCGAGUAUUAGUGAGAUGCAGCCGAGUGUGCGGACGGGGGGUGGGGGGACUGUGGUUGAGGAGAGUAGGGAGCCGGAGAGGGAGCAGGAGAAGUUGCAGAGGAGGGAGGAUGAAGUUGACGAGUAUAGAGGCGACGGAGCGGGAGAUUUGGAUGAGAGGAGGGAGAAUGAGAGUCUUUUCGAGGAUGUGCGGGAGAGGGCGAAUCCGACGAGUCCGCUGGAAUUACCCAUGGAGGGGAGGAUGUUGGGGGUUGUGCGGGAAUGA